CUUAAAAUGGUGAAUAGAUAGAUUAAAGCCCAUUUUUUUUUGGAUAGAGCUUGCAUCCUUUUUACAUCCAACUAUUCGCGUGAUUAUGUACAGAGGCUCAGCCUAACCCUGCCGCUGGCCAUCGUGAUGGUGGGCGGUUACAUCGUUGGAGCCAACACUCGCUUCACUUGAUCCGACACAACAGUCUGGCGUGAAUCAACGUAUACAAAUACUCGCAACGCCCUCGGAGUCCCAUGAGAUUAAAUAUUCAAUAUGAUCGCAACAAACAUAGUUCACUACUACUCUGAACUAGACAGAACUUCCUAUCACAUAUAUCACAUACAUCUGAUUCAUCGGUCAAUGCCAACAUUCUAACAAUGGCUCAACACGCAGACGGCCAUUCAGUAGCUACAGAGGAACCGAGAGAAAUAAAGCCAGAUUCAGUUAUACAAACGCAGUUGAUCAUUUUAGGUUGCUUUCCACUGGCGGAGGGAGUAGCUUGGGCAACCAUUUUCCCAUAUAUCUAUUCCAUGGUAAAAUCACUGUCCAGACCAGAGUCAAGUAAGGACAAUAUUGCCAUCUAUGCUGGACUUAUGGUAUCCGUUUUCACCUUCGGGGAGUUUGUUGAAGCUCCUCUGUGGGCCAAGGUCAGCGAUCGUAUUGGCAGGAAGCCAACAAUGCUGAUUGGUUCAAUCGGAGCUGUGUUUUCAGCACUCCUUUCGGCUUUUCAACCUCGAUACCAAUGGCCAUAGCUGCAAGGACUUGUGCGGGUUUGCUGAAUCCGAAUUUAGGCGUCGUACAGACCUUCGUUGGAGAGCUAGUGAGCAAAAAGCAGGAAGCCAAAGGGUUCUCUACUGUUUCAUUCCUCUGUGGCCUUGGAACCAUUAUCGGACCAGUAAUUGGAGGCUAUCUGGCCGAGCCAGUCAAAAAUUAUCCCUGUCUCUUCCACGAAGGAACAAUAUGGGAUAAAUUUCCGUACUUAUUGCCAAACCUUGUUGUCGUGAUGUUUCUCCUGAGUAGCUGUACCCUCGCACUGUUUUGCCUGGAAGAGGUCCACCCUGAAUUUCGGGACCAAGUUGACAUCAGAUGGAUAUUGGUUAGCCGCAUUAGAAAUAUUUUCAGGGGUACAGGCUGGAGUUCCGGCGAAGGCACAUAUACUUCUCUUAGGGCUGACGAAACAGAUGUCGAGGCACCAGCGGUCCCAGCAUCCCCAACUGAAGCUUUUGAAGAACCAGGAGUCAAACCACCAUCGGCGUUUACCAGACAAGUAAAGCUUCAGAUACUCUCCGUCGCUAUCCAAGGAUUCCUCAAAAUCUCAACUCUUGCCAUAGUGCCCGUCUUUCUGGCAACACCAUCAGGACCUGACCAACCGCUGAACUUGACCAGAGGCUCCGAAGUGAUAAGAGGAAUACUAGGAGUUAAGGGCGGAUUCGGGCUCGACACCAUGAAUACUAGCAACGUCCUUCUUUCUCAAGCUGCAGCUGCUAUCGGCGGCCAAAUACUUGUGCCAAGAAUAAUUGAUAGGCACGGCGCGCUUCAGAGUUGUAGAGCAGUAUUUGUCAUACUAAUGUUUCUUUACUACCUCUUGCCAUUCACUGCUACUUGGAGUACCUAGACUGGUCUGCCGACAAUGUUGAUAAUCCUCUGGGUGCAUGCAGUGGCAAGUAGCCUGGCCACCACUUGUUCAUCAAUUCUCCUUAAAAGCACGGUGCCUUCGCCCAUCUGCUUGGCGACAGUCAAUGGAGCUUCUGCUUCGCUUGGAUGCCUCGCACGAACUUUAGGACCUGCAGUCUCGGGGCCGCUGUUUCGAUUUGGGCUCCAAAUAGGUUAUGUUGGACUGCCGUUCUGGUUACUCGGUGUUGUUGCAGGUCUGGGAGGGAUUGUUUCCUUGUAUCUCGUCGACCACGCUUGAGGUUUAGCUAUGCUUUUUGUCCUGUAUAAAGAUAC